AUGGCCGCGCCCAGGGGAGGCUGGGCGAGGCGUGAGUACCCGACGCACUUUCUGGCCCCGAUGGGAGAGGCGGGCGAAGGAGAGAGCCCUCGCGGGGCGGGGGCCCUGCCGGAGCCGAGGCGGAGUAUUGCCAUGGAUAGCAACCAUCAAAGUAAUGGCAAACUCAGUAAAACUGAGAAGAAGUUUUUAAGGAAACAGAUAAAAGCCAGGCAUACUUUGCUGAGACAUGAAGGCAUUGAAACAGUAUCCUAUGCCACUCAGAUCCUGGUUGUUGCCAAUGGUGGUUUGGGUAACGGUGUGAGUAGGAACAAACUGCUUCCAGAAUUAGAGAAACUCGGACAGGUGGAUGCUCUCCUAAUGCCACCUAAUAAGCCCUACUCAUUUGUCACGUACAAAACUACAGAGGAAUCCAAGAAAGCCUAUGCUUCCCUCAAUGGACAAAACAUAGUGGAUGAUUUAGGACAAAAGAUCAUUCUGUACUUGAAUUUUGUGGAAAAAGCACAGUGGAAAGAGUUGGGGCUUCAAGCCUUACCUCCAGGCCUCAAAGUAAUAGAAGAAAUUAUUUCUUCUGAGGACGAGAAACUGCUUUUGGAAAGUGUUAGCUGGACAGAAGAUACAGACAAUCCAAAUUUUCAAAAAUCCUUAAAACACAGAAGAGUAAAGCAUUUUGGUUAUGAAUUCCACUAUGAGAAUAACAAUGUACAUAAAGAUAAGCCAUUACCUGGAGGUCUUCCUGACAUCUGUGAUAGCAUGCUGGAGAAAUGGCUGAAAGAAGGCUUCAUUAGACACAAACCCGAUCAGUUGACUGUGAACCAGUAUGAGCCUGGGCAGGGAAUUCCUGCUCAUAUUGACACACAUUCUGCUUUUGAGGAUGAGAUCAUUUCUCUCAGUUUGGGGUCAGAGAUCGUCAUGGAUUUUAAGCACCCAGAUGGUGUCACAGUGCCAGUCAUGUUGCCUCGCCGGAGUUUGCUGGUGAUGACAGGAGAAUCUAGAUACCUUUGGACCCAUGGAAUAACACCAAGAAAAUUUGAUACUGUUCAAGCAUCCAAGGGUCACAAAAGUGGAAUUAUCACUGGUGAUGUUGGAGACCUAACAUUAAGCAAGAGGGGAAUACGGACAUCAUUUACAUUCAGGAAAGUGAGGCAAACACCUUGUGACUGUAGUUACCCUUUGGUCUGUGACAGCCAAAUGAAGGAACCUCCUCCAUCAUUUCCAGAGAGUGAUAAAGAAGCCUCACAGUUGGAGCAAAAAUAUGUCCAUCAAGUGUAUGAAGAGAUCGCUGGGCACUUCAGCAGCACGAGACAUACUCCUUGGCCACACAUUGUGGAGUUUUUGAAAGCCUUGCCAAGCGGUUCCUUAGUGGCCGAUGUUGGAUGUGGAAAUGGAAAGUAUCUUGGCAUAAAUAAGGAGUUAUAUAUGAUUGGCUGUGAUCGUAGCCAAAAUCUUGUGGACAUUUGUCGAGAGAAGCAGUUUCAGGCCUUUGUCUGUGAUGCAUUGUCAGUGCCAGUCCGCAGUGGGUCCUGUGAUGCCUGCAUCUCCAUUGCUGUUAUUCACCAUUUUGCAACAGCAGAGCGCAGAAUGGCAGCUCUUCAAGAAAUUGCCCGACUCUUGAGACCCGGUGGGAAGGCACUCAUUUAUGUGUGGGCGAUGGAACAAGAGUAUCAGAAGAAGAAGUCCAAGUAUCUCAGAGAAAACAAAUCUAAUCAAGGAAGGCAAGAGAUCAGCAGUGACCCAUCAGCACAGGAGCUGUUUGUGGAGCCAGUGCCUGACAUGGGCCACCAAGAUUCAGCAUGUUCCGUCCCCUCUGUUAAUGACUUUCAGAAAGGAAGAUGUCAUUCGAGGGAAGUUGGUAAUUCCACGCUGCCUAUUCACACUAAUAGGACUUCUUUCCAUUCUCAAGACUUACUGGUUCCCUGGCACCUUAAGGGAAAUACAAGUAAAGAAAAACCUACGGAGCCAUUUGGGCCUGUGCUUCAUCGUUACUAUCAUGUGUUCUGUGAGGGAGAAUUGGAAGCUGCCUGCCAGACUUUGAAUAAUGUCAGCAUUCUGCAAAGCUACUAUGACCAGGGGAACUGGUGUGUGAUUCUUCAAAAGGUCUGA